AUGACAGCUCAAACGACAGAUGCUGCCGCAUUUCAACCAAGACGUAAGUUGGCGCUUGUAAUUGGCAUUGGUAACUAUGAUCAUUGUGAGAAACUACAAAAUCCAGAAAAUGAUGCGAAUGAUAUGUCAUUUAUUCUGAAGGGCAUUGAUUUUAUUGUUACAAAGAGACUCCAUUUAAAACGUGCUGAGAUGAAACAUGCUGUUAUUGAUUUCGAAGAAUCAAUAGAACAAGGCGAUAUGAUCCUAUUUUAUUUUGCUGGACAUGGUGUACAAUGGGAAGAUCAAAAUUAUUUGAUAGCGGCGGAUACACCACUUUUGGAUGGUGCAGCUUUAAACAAGAGUGCAAUUAAUGCACAAAAUAUUCUUGACACUUUAAGUGAUCGCAAUCCAUACGUAAU